AUGGCAGCAGACGAUGAGUUUAGCUCCGCUCUCAAAAACGACAUCCACAAAGCCAUCGACAUCCUCACCAAGCAAAUCAUCAAAACCUCAAACUUCCAUCCAAGUCAUGAAACCGGCACCAACACACCGCAAGACGCGACCUCCCAGUAUCUCCUCGGUGCAGCAACCAAGCACGAAGAUGCAUUCCGGUUUCUGAGACACGCUAGAGGAGAGGAUCCCAAUGUGUGUCUGCUAGACUGCAAAGACUGCAACUGCUACAAUCUGUCUCAGAAUGCGAGUCUGGUGCUAUUAGUAAUUUUGCUUGGGUUGGCCAUGAUGUCGGCUUGGACCUUGUGGAAGAAGCCGAAGGGGAAGGACGAGAUGGCGAAGUUGGGGUUGAGCGGGCUUGCGCUUGUGGUGCUUUGGGUUAUGUACAAUGACUUACCCUGA